AAUUAAUGCAAAAGCCAAGUGCAGAGUGAAACGGGACGCAUCCCAUCAGCGCAGAGUUGAAGUGCAGAGUGGAGGGAGGACUUUCUGAUUCCUUCAGCGCUAAACACAACGAUUCGUUUACAUCAAUGGCGUGGAGUGCGACGAUGAUCGGAGCCCUUCUGGGCCUCGGCACUCAGAUGUAUUCCAAUGCUCUCCGUAAACUCCCUUACAUGCGCCAUCCUUGGGAGCACGUCAUUGGAAUGGGAUUGGGAGCUGUGUUCGUCAAUCAGCUCGUCAAAUGGGACGCUAAGCUCCAGGAGGACCUUGACAAGAUGCUCGACAAGGCCAAAGCCGCCAACGAGCGCCGCUACUUUGGCUUUUUGUCUUUGUUUUCUUAUUUAUUUUUUGAAUAGAAGUCACCCAUGUUUUCAGAGAAUGAGGUCAUGUUGGGUCUCUCUUUGUCAAAUAUUUGGAGAUUCCAAGUUUUUGUUGGCAGUUCCUUGUUUCUGCUGCGCAACAACUUAAUAGGAAGGGCAAUGUUUGAGGUGUGUAAUAAUAAGGGACUGCGAUCUGUGUAAUACUACCAGUACCAGCUCCUAGACUUUGUCUUCCAAGUUUGAACUUAACAGCAUUUCAUAUACAUCCAAGUUUGUGAUUUACUA